UCACCACCAGCACCACCGUCACCACCAGCACCACCACCGUCACCACCAGCACCGUCACCACCACCACCACCGUCACCACCAUCACCGUCACCACCAGCACCACCAUCACCAGCACCACCACCGUCACCACCAGCACCACCGUCACUACCAGCACCACCGUCACAACCGUCACCAGCACCAGCACCACCGUCACCACCAGCACCACCGUCACCACCAGCACCACCACCGUCACCACCAGCACCACCGUCACAACCGUCACCAGCACAAGCACCACCGUCACCACCAGCACCACCGUCACCAUCAGCACCACCGUCACCACCAGCACCACCAGCACCACCAGCACCACCACCGUCACCACCAGCACCACCGUCACCACCACCACCACCGUCACCACCAGCACCAGCACCACCGUCACCACCAGCACCACCACCGUCACCACCAGCACCAGCACCACCGUCACCACCAGCACCACCGUCACCAUCAGCACCACCGUCACCACCAGCACCACCGUCACCACCAGCACCACCAGCACCACCAGCACCACCACCGUCACCACCAGCACCACCACCGUCACCGCCGUCACCACCAGCACCACCACCGUCACCACCAUCACCACCAGCACCGUCACCAGCACCGUCACCACCAGCACCACCGUCACCACCAGCACCAGCACCACCGUCACCACCACCACCGUCACCAGCAGCACCACCACCGUCACCACCAGCACCACCACCGUCACCACCAGCACCACCAGCACCAGCACCACCGUCACCACCACCACCGUCACCACCACCACCGUCACCACCAGCACCACCAGCACCACCAGCACCACCAUCGUCACCACCAGCACCACCACCGUCACCGCCGUCACCACCAGCACCACCACCGUCACAACCAGCACCACCAGCACCACCACCAUCACCACCAGCACCACCGUCACCACCAUCACCACCGUCACAACCGUCACCAGCACCAGCCCCACCAGCACCGUCACCACCAGAACCAGCACCGUCACCACCAGCACCAGCACCACCGUCACCACCGUCACCACCAGCACCACCGUCACCACCAGCACCACCAGCACCACCGUCACCACCAGCACCGUCACCACCAGCACCACCGUCACCACCAGCACCACCGUCACCACCAGCACCAGCACCA